AUGCUGACGGUGGCACGCCCACCACUACUAGCGCAAACGGUGCAGAAGGGCAGCCUGACGCAGCCAAAGACGUACGAGCAAAAUGUGCCGUGGAAGGAGACGGGAACCCGCGCCAAGACGGCAGACUACACGCUGGACCCGCACUGGGACGCCCAUGCCCCUCCGCAGGUCCGCGAGCUGACGUGGACGAUCACGAGGGCCGAUGCGGCGCCCGACGGCUACAGUCGCCAGGUCAUUUCCAUCAACGGCCAGUACCCGGGCCCGCUCGUCGAGGCAAACGAGGGCGACACCCUCGUCGUGCACGUCACCAACCAGCUCGACGAGCUGGCAAGCGUGCACUGGCACGGCAUGAACCAGAACAUGACCAUCUUUGCCGACGGCGUGCCCGGCUUCUCCCAGUGCCCCAUCCCGCCUGGCGUGACGUACACCUACCGCUUCAAGCUGGAGCAGUGGGGCACCUACUGGUACCACUCGCACUCGUCGGUGCAGUAUAUCGAGGGCCUCCAUGGGCCGCUUAUCAUCCACAGCCGGCGUGAGGCCUACCAGCGCGGGCGCGACUACGACGACGAGGUCCUUCUCUUUCUCUACGACUGGUACCACGAGCGGACCGAGGUCAUUGCCCAGGCGCUUAAUUCAACAAAGGGCUACAACCACUUCCUAGCGGCCCCACCGCCCCAGUCGUCGCUCGUCAAUGGCCGCGGCCACUUUGACUGCUCCAAACAGGCUCUCUCACAGACGCCCCAGACGUACAGCUGCGUCACGCCGCGCCUGAUGCCUAGUCUGACACUGGAGCCCAACAAGCGCUAUCGGUUUCGCAUGGUCAACAGCGGCGGCCAUGCCAUGUAUCACGUCACCAUGGACCGUGACCAAUUCCGCCUCGUGGCCACCGACGGCGUCGACAUCCACCCGUCGACGCAGAGCAUCAUUCCCAUCAACAUCGGCCAGCGCUACGACGCCAUUGUGCAUACAGACCAGGGUGGUCGCGGAAAGGGCAAGACAAAACCCAGUAGCUUCUGGUUCCGCGUUCGUAAUCAAAGGAUCUGCCUCGCUUACGAUGACGCGGCCGCCGACGCAGAGGCGCGCGUCGCCGUCUACUACGCGGACCCGCCAGCACAAGGCAAGGCGAUCACCAAAGCCGCCGUGGUCACCGACGGCGUUGAUAAGCCCGAGCCGACAACGACGCCGAUCGUGGACGUGCUGGGUCCGACCUGCAGAGACCUCGACGACCAUGCGCUGGUGCCGGUGGAGAGUCUGACAAAGCCGAACCACGAGGUGCGAAACGUGCGGUCGUUUGCGACAAACUUUGGUGUGCUGACGGCCAUGGGCGAGAAUGCCACCUUGGGCCGCUUCUUUGUCAAUGGCGUCACGGCGCGCAACCAUCCGUACAAGCCCUUUCUUCGCGAUUUGCACGAGGGAAGAAACGUGUCGGGCGACGUCGCCUUUGCCGAGUUUCUCGAUGAUGUCUGGGUGGGCGACAUCAUCAUCAACAACAACGACACGGCCAUCGUGCACCCGUACCAUCUCCACGGACGCUAUUUCAACAUUGUCGCGCGCGGGCCCGGUGUGAUGACGCCGGAAAAGUGGCGCAACCUCGACACCAGCAGUGCUACGGUGCCGCGCAGAGACACGAUCUCGAUCGCGUCGCACUCCUAUGCCGUGCUGAGGAUCCUCACCGACACGCCUGGCGUGUGGCCAAUGCACUGCCACAUCACUUGGCAUCUCGCCCAGGGCUUCCUGGCCGCCGUCCUCGUCCAUCCAAACAAGCUGCGGGAGCCGUGGGCGUGGCCCAAGGAGAGCGAGGACCUGUGCCGAGCCGCAAAGGAGCCCGAUGACACAGAGACACUUGCUUAG